AUGGGCGAUAAACCUCGGUUAUCGGUAGCUUCAUCAACUGGUUUAAAAGGCGCAGCUGCCGCUACUCAAUUUAAACGAUUAUUUAAUCAACCGAGUAUAAGUUCUUUGUCAAAUCAUGAAGAUUCAAGAGAAGAACGAAUUGAAUUAGAAAAUUUAUUAGGAACAGAAGAUCUUGAAAAAUUACGCUCACAAGGAUUUUCGGAAGAUAAAGUUCUUGAUAAAGAAGAAUUUAUUGAAUUUUUACGACAUACAUUAAAUCGUGGAAGUGAUAAAGAUUAUGAUGAAUUAUUUGAAUGUGUUGAUGUAACCAAGGAAGGUUUUAUUUCAUGGGAUAAAUUAGCGACAUAUUUAAUGUUAAAAUUAUACGAUAAUGAUGAUCGUGAAAAGGCAUCAUCAGUACCGAAUUGGAAAAGUGGAAAGAAUUUAUUGAAUGCUCAUCGAGAUUCGAUUAAACGUAUUCAACAUAUGGAUAGUUUUAGUCGAUAUAUAUCAAUUAGUAAAGAAGGAACUGUUUGCAUUUAUAAUGAUGAAAUGCAAUUAUAUAAAACAUUUAAAGCAGCAACAGAAAGUUGUAAAAUGCGUGAUUUAUGGAUAACUGAUUUUGUAUUAAUGACAAAUGUUAAUAAAGUGGCUAUUGCUUAUACAUCAAAAGAAUUAAUUAUUUAUGAUAUGACAUCAAAACUCGAAUUAAGUUUAGCUUAUCGAAUUGUUGGCAUUGAUGCUACGCCUUAUUGUUUGGAUUAUUGGUCUGAUUCAGAAAAUCCAAAUGAUGCGAUAUUGAGUUGGGGAGAUGUAAAAGGUAAUGUUCAUGCAAUCUUAUUCAAUUCAGCUAUAAUUGCACUAUUUGAACGACCACCACAACAAACAAAUAAUGCCGCAUACACAAGAGUUCAAUUAGAAGAUAUAGCAAAUGGAAAUUAUAAAAAUGCAUCUUAUUUGACAUAUCAUGCACAUACUGAAUGGACUCGACAAGUUAAAUAUGUAGAUCAUCUUGAAUGUUUUAUAUCAUGUUCAACAAAUACUAAAACAGCAUUAGUAUUUGGUUGGAUGGACAAAUCUGGAUUAACAGUACGAGUGUAA